AUGAAUGCAAUGCAAGACCAACCCAAGCCUCAUCCCGAGGCGCGCAACUACGGCGCAUUUCAGAAUGAGAUCUACCGGCGGGGAAUGUUUGAGAACGUCCUGCCUACAGUGACUACCGACCCCAACAAGCUGGAAGAGCAGGCCAAGAGGGCGAUGAAUGCGAAGAGCUAUGCAUAUGUCGCUGGCGGUGCUGGCGAGAGAGCCACAAUGGAUGCCAACCGUUUAGCCUUCCGGCAAUGGAAGCUUGUCCCCCGCAUGCUCCGCGACACAACCCACCGCGACACGCGCGUCACCCUCUUCGGCAAAACCCACGACUCGCCCCUCCUAAUCGCACCCGUCGGCGUACAGCGGAUAUUCCACGAAGACAAGGAGACAGGCGUGGCCGAGAUCGCCACCGAGCUCGGCAUCCCCUACAUAAUGAGCACAGCGGCGAGCAGCACCAUCGAAGAGAUCGCGCAAGCAAGCGGCGACGGCAAGCGCUGGUACCAGCUAUACUGGCCGCACGAUGACGAGGUGACGAUCUCGUUGCUACAGCGGGCGAAGAAGAACGGGUUCGAGGUGCUCGUCGUGACGCUCGAUACGUGGGCGCUGAGCUGGCGGCCUUGGGAUCUGGAUGGAGCGUAUGUGCCGUUUGUCAAGGGUAUCGGCGACCAGACGGGCUUCUCGGAUCCGGUGUUUAGGCGGAAGUUCAAGGAGAAGUAUGGGUGUGAGAUUGAGGAGGAUGUGCUGCAUGCGGCGCUGGAGUGGCAGAAGGAUGUUUUCUCGGGCCGCGCGCAUACGUGGGAUCAGUUGGAGCUGCUGAAGAAGAACUGGGAUGGGCCGAUUGUGCUGAAAGGGAUACAGCAUCCGGAGGAUGCGCUGAAGGCGGCGGAGGCGGGCAUGGAUGGUAUCAUCGUUAGCAACCAUGGUGGUAGGCAGCUGGAUGGCGCUAUUGGGAGUCUGGAGAUGCUGCCGGAAAUUGUGGAGGCGGUGGGCUUGAAGCUUACGGUGCUGUUCGACAGUGGAGUCCGCACCGGUGUAGAUGUGAUUAAGGCGCUAUGUUUGGGUGCGAAAGGCGUGUUAAUAGGUCGGCCGUGGGUCUACGGACUGGGCAUUGCUGGGAAGCAAGGCGCAAAAGAUGUUCUCAAGGGCAUCCUGGCGGACCUGGAUCAGAGCAUGGGCCUUGCGGGGAUCAAAGAUAUCCAGGGUUGUGACAAGGCCAUGGUGAGGAGGGUCCAGUACGGUGCAGACAGGCAUUCCUCGAACUAG